CACAGAACAAAAUCACAGCAAUGACUGGAACACCAACGCCGGUCAUCACCUUCCACCCCGCCAUGGAGAGCACGAACACGAGGGAGGGGAACAGCAGGAAGCAGAGGAGGAGGUACAGCACGGCAAACCAGCGAUACCUGUGCACACGAGAUCAUGACCUGCUGCAGCUUACUUUUUAAAGGACAUGGAAUCCGUCAUCAGUGGCUCUGCCCGGCCUGCUCUACAGCCCCCUCUUGUGGAGAUCAUGACCUGCUGCAGCUUACUUUUUAAAGGACUGGGAAUCCUCCAUCAGUGGCUCUGCCCGGCCUGCUCUACAGCCCCCUCUUGUGUUUAUCACAAAAAUGACAUCAGCAACACAGGAAGAGAUUUCAACGACCACCCUGAGUGGAAAAUCACCCGUCAGUCUGAAAUAACUUUGAAGACAUCACACGACUGUGAAGGCACAAGUGACAAUAAAGAAUCUGAGAGCGGUGAAAGAAAGAAGAACAGAAUGACGUCCAUCUACCUGAUCAUCAUGGCUCUGGCAAAGACUGCUCUAGUUCAAGGCUCUAUUGAAUGCACUUUCUCUGAAGAGCCUGGAACUCAGCAGUGCUCUGGAGCCGUGGGACAAAUAUUAAGAUUUCAUCUGAGAAACACAGCAGACACUGACUUAAAGCUGAGGAAAGACAACCAAGUUAUCAUCUUAACAAUAAAGAAAAAUAAGAUAGCCGUUCAGAAUAAGGAAUAUGCCGGUGAUGCUAAACUCCUCUCUAAUGGAUCAUUCAUUCUGGGAACAGCAUCUAAGAAUCACUCUGGAGAUUACACGUUGGAGGAACACUACUCAGACGGGCUUUUUAAAAGAAAAGUGAACCUGCACCUAUUUAUUCAAGCUCCAGUGUCAAAGCCAGCUGUGUCUCAGGUGUGUUCAUCAGCAGAGCAGAGGAGCAUCAACUGCUCCUCUGAAGGAGAGGAAGUAGAGUUUAUUUUUACUUUGGACAGUGUGAAACUCGUGCAGAUGAGAGACCACAGCCAGUUCCUGAACAGCAGAGCAGUGAACAUGGAGGGGGCAAAAACUGAACAAGACCUGCACUUUGUCUCCAUCAGCUUACCUGGUCAGCUGACAGGAAACUUGAAGUGUUCUGUUUGGAACAAGGUCAGCAGGGAGGAAACAGUUAUUCACCUGAACAGCUGCAAAGGCGUCCACCCUGGUUUCCUUCACAUGGCAGUGAGACAUGGUGUGGGUACUGUACUUCUGCUGGCUUUGUGUCUUGCAGUCUGCAUUGUGCUUUGGAAAACAAGGAGCACCAGUGUUCCAGAAGACGCUUCUAACGAAUACGUUCUCCAGGAGAUCACGACCUGACAGAGCAGCUCAACAUCCUGCUUUGACUCCUGCAAUCCCUUCGUGGCAGGCCCCCCUGCACUCACAUUUGAACCUCUGCAGAUGAUCCAGAAUGCAGAAGCAGCAACUCAAAGUAGCAGACGUCACUCCGCUGUUCGUUUCUCACCACUAGUUUCACAUCAAACUGAAAGAUGCCGGGUGCACCCAUCACAACAGGACUCUUAAUCAAUCAAUCAAUCUUUAUGUAUUUAGCACCAAAUCAGAACAAAUGUUCUCCCCCUAUGUUCUAUUAUUAACAAAGACCCAACAUCAAGACAUGAUAAGAUCCAGUUCCAUUAUACAGACAGGACUCACACGGGACUUCCACCAG